UGUGGAACACAGAAGAAGGAAACCAGGACAACUAUCAAAGAAUUCAUCCUCUUGGGUUUUGGGAAUCGUCCUGAGCUGCAGCCUUUCCUUUUCUCCCUCUUCCUCAUGAUUUACAUCUUGACGUUAACUGGCAAUUUUCUCAUCAUUUUGCUAGUUGUAGCUGAUCAGCACCUUCACACCCCCAUGUACUUCUUCCUGGCCAAUUUGUCCUGCCUGGAGUCUUGCUAUAGCUCAAUCAUCCUGCCCAAAAUGUUGAUCAAUUUGAUAACUGAAGAGAGAACCAUCUCUGUGAAUGGAUGCAUAGCCCAAUUUUACUUAUUUGGCUCUUGUGCAGUUGUAGAAACGUAUCUCCUGGCCAUAAUGUCCUAUGACCGCUAUGUGGCAAUAUGCAGACCUUUGCUGUAUGCUUCUAUUAUGAAUAGAAGACUAUGUUUUCAGCUUAUAGUUGCAACAUGGAUUAAUGGUAUGUUGAUUAAUUGCAUAGUAAUAUACCUACUAGUUCAAUUACAUUUCUGUGGAUCCAAUGUCAUAGACCAUUACUUUUGUGACCUGAACCCAAUAGAAAAACUAUCCUGCAGUGACACUAGCAGGAUUGAACUCUUUACCCUUUUCUCAGCCUUCUUUAUCACCGUCACCCCAUUCUUGUUGACUCUCACAUCCUAUGUUUACAUUAUCACCACAGUCCUGAAGAUUCCAUCUGCUAUUGGGAGGAAAAAAGCGUUUUUGACCUGCUCCUCUCAUCUCACUGUGGUUUGCACUUUUUAUGGUUCAAUCAUCAUUGUCUACAUGUUGCCAGACACUCCGACUCUGAGAGAUCUCAAUAAAGUAUUUUCACUCUUCUACACCAUCCUAAAUCCCCUGAUCAAUCCUCUCAUCUACAGUUUGAGAAACAAAGAAGUUCACAAAGCCUUAAAGUUUGUAUUUGGUAGAUUAACUGUUUAUUCAAGGCUUUACUCAUUUUUUUCCCAUUAA